GACAGUGGUUGUCAGUUAUGUUAACAAUGGCGUGUACUAUGUAUUAGCGAAGUGUCAAAAUUUGUGCUUUUAGAGUUUCGACUAAUAGUUUGUUGAUUUCUAUUUGUGUAAAUUUAAUUUUAUUAAAGAUCGUUCCUACAAACCGAAAAUGUCGUAUCGGAUUUUUUCGCAAUUUUUUUUGUUGUCAAUUAACGUAUUAACAACAAAAAAAAUGUCGUAAAACCAAUAUCGCGGCUAAUUUGGCUGGGAUCGGGCUGCAUGACAAACGGCCGAGGCGCCGGUAUGGCGUCAUUCAUGACGAAAAAGAAGAAAUAUAAAUUCCAAGUCGAAAUAUGCCUCGAAGAGUUAUUGGAAGUUCCGUUCGUAUCUGCGGUGCUGUUUGCCAAAUUGCGCUUGUUAGAUGGAGGUAAUUUCCAAGAUCACAGCAGCAGACAAGAAGUACAAGAUCACAAAGUUCAUUGGGGCGCUAACUUUACCUUUCCGUGUAAAAUGAUGGCGAACGCUUCGACGGGUAUAAUGGAGCGUUGCAUCCUUAGAAUAUCUAUUCGUAAGGAAUACAAAGGAGGCAGAUCUUUCACAAAACUCGGUUUCGUCGACUUGAACCUCGCGGAAUACGCUGGUGCCGGUCUUAUCCACAAGAAAGCUUUGUUGGAAGGCUACGACGCCAGGCACAGGCAGGACAACAGCAUGCUGAAGUUCAAGAUCGAAUUGAAUAUGAUUUCGGGUGAUAUACUGUUCAAAGCACCUUCGCCAUCUUUAAAACAUAAACAAGUAAAUGUUGAAGAAACUAAUGCGGAACAAAGGCCUGACGAAUUUUCCAGCGGCUCUUUAGCCGGCUCUAUAGCCAGCGGUAGCUCGGGUUUUGGUAGUCUACCAAAAAAAAGACCCGCACUUUUAUCUUCAGAAUUAGUGAUAGGUCAAACUUUGACUGAAAACAAUGCCCCCGUAUCUGUAUCUACGGAUCACGUGAACGAUAAUCAUCCGAUCUCAUCGAUUCUUUCGCAUUCUGAUCAAGAACCCCAAGAAACGGCGGCCUUGUGCGAACACGGCCACUCUCGGAAUUCUUCUAACACUAGUCAACUAUCGAAGGCCUCCGGUUAUAGCAGUAUUCAGUCACAUUCGCAUAGCAGGCAAAGCAGUAGCGGGGAUUCGGGGCAUAUCAGGAACCUACAAAGCAGAUCGGUCCGCGCGUUUCGUUGUUCCUCAGCCGAUACGAAUUUAAAAUCGAAUCGCAAAAUGAACAUCCCCAAUACGAUUCUAUCAAUAAAUAACGAAAACAACCGCCCGCAACCCCUAAUUACCUCCACCCCUAAUAACAAAAAUCAACCCGAAAGCGACGCGAGCUCCCUAUACGGAACCCCCCCCGCCACCUAUCAAAGUCAGUGCAGUAACGACGAAUACAAAACGCCGGAAGUUAGUUUCGAUAAUAAAAGCGAAGUUUUCUCAUCGAAUUUCAACGAAUUGCAAAAAUCUUCGUCCACUUCGGUAGUCGAAAGGAUAAAAAACGAAAUGUUGACUUCGGACGAAUUGGAAUACAGGAAAUCGGAUAAUACGGCCGAUAGGCGGCGUAACGAUCGAACCGGUGCGAACCUGCGUUCGAAAAGCGAUUUCGAAAUACCGAAAAUGCCGGUCAGGUUGCCGGAAAAGAAUUUCAGUAGUAAAUUUUUCAAUUCGGAUAGUUUGUUUUCGUUUUUGACGCCGCGACCUAAAAGGAAAAGCGUCUGCGAAAACGACGGUGCUUUCAAAGUACCGGUCGUUAAAUAUUUACCGGAAGUACGUAGUACCACUUCGAUGGGUUCGCUUCGGUCUGGUAAUUCGAACAACGACGAACGCCUUUGCGUACGAAACGUUGAAAGGGGCAUGCAACAUCGCAAACUGUUGGACGGCGUUUUAUCGGCAGGAAAAUUAACUCCUCUGGCUAACAGUCCCGACGAUCAAAAUUCCAAUCUUAUUAUCGUCUCGACAACAUCGGACGUUUCGACGGAUUCUCAGAAUUUGAAUUCGACGAGACGACCCAGCGUCACAACGAACCCGAGCGCCGGUAGUCUGGUCAUUUCGGAAACGGGAUCGUUAGACAGGGCGAAAGCGGCCUACGAAAGGCGAAAGAAGAACCAAUGUCAAGAUACGGACGCCGUCGGUAUACCGGGACGCGUCGAAAAGACCAGAGUCAACGUCGAAGAUCUAGUUGAAGAUUUAUUGAAGAAUACGAAUUUGGAACAACCCGACGAUUCGGCGGAAACGUCCGGUCUUCAAUUGUUCAUAGCCAAAGACGGUACGGCGGCUCUGGGGAACCACGAGGUGAAGUCGCAAAUGUCCGCCGGCGUACAAGUAUUCAAGCAAGUCGUAAUGGACAAUAGGUAGCCUGAAUAGCCUUAACUGCGUCGCGCGCUAUCGCUAAUUAUCAUUAUUAUAAAUAAUGUUGUUGGUUUCGACGCCCGGCGUCGAUCGUGUGUAAUCAAUACAUGUUGAUAUUAUUGUUGAUAUAUAUAUAUAUAUAUAUAUAUAUAUAUAUAUAUGAAGAUACAAAACUAGAGAACGUACUGUAUAGCAUAUAUCUAUACGAUUUUUUUUUUUUAAUUUUUAGCUCCGAAAACGUCAUUUUGACAUUUUUUUUUAUUGAUAUAUAUUUUUAUUUGUAUAGAAAAAAGCAUCACGAAAUAUUACGAAUGGGCAAUUUGUUUUUUUUUUUUUUUAAUGAAAAUGUAUCGGUCAAAGUCUCAAAUUACUAAAUUGACAGAAAAACUCAUCGUGAUGAUUGACAGAAAAACUAUUGAUUCGCAAUUAAUUGACAUCGAUUGUUUGCCGAAUCGAUAAAUUGACAAUAAAUACGAUAUCGACUGAAAAGUACAAAAUUGACAGAAAAUCUAAUCAUAAUUGACAAAAAAAUUGCGGAGACGCAGUGUAAUCAGGAAGGAAGGUAUUGUCAAUACAUUGAUUUGACAAAAAAUGCCUAUGGGAUAUCGAAAAAUACGAAACUGAUGAUAAAUUGACAUCAUAUUUCAUCAUAAUUGACAAAAAAGUUGCGGAGACGCGGGGUAUUGACGAGAAAUGCAUUGUCAUUUCAUCUAAUUGACAGAAAACGUCUAUGAGAUAUCAAAAAAUACGAAACUGAUGAUAAAUUGACAUCAUAUUUCAUCAUAAUUGACAAAAAAGUUGCGGAGACGCGGGGUAUUGACGAGAAAUGCAUUGUCAUUUCAUCUAAUUGACAGAAAACGUCUAUGAGAUAUCCAAAAAUACGAAACUGAUGAUAAAUUGACAUCAUAUUUUAUCAUAAUUGAAAAAAAAGUUGCGGAGACGCAGGGUAUUGACAAGAAAUGCAUUGUCAAUUCAUCGAUUUGACAAAAAAUGCCUAUGGGAUAACAAACACUAUGGAACUGAUAAAAAUUGACAAAACAUUUUAUCACAAUUGACAAAAAAUUGCGUAGACGCAGUGUAUUGACGAGAAAUGUAUUGUCAUUUCAUCUAAUUGACAGAAAACGUCUAUGAGAUAUCCAAAAAUACGAAACUGAUGAUAAAUUGACAUCAUAUUUUAUCAUAAUUGAAAAAAAAGUUGCGGAGACGCAGGGUAUUGACAAGAAAUGCAUUGUUAAUUCAUCGAUUUGACAAAAAAUGCCUAUGGGAUAACAAACACUAUGGAACUGAUAAAAAUUGACAAAACAUUUUAUCACAAUUGACAAAAAAUUGCGUAGACGCAGUGUAUUGACGAGAAAUGUAUUGUCAAUUCAUCUAAUUGACAGAAAAUGUCUAUGAGAUAACAAAAAAUAAGGAACUGAUCAAAAAUUGAGAUGAAAUUUUAUCAUAAUUGACAAAAAUAUUGCAGCGAUGUAGUGAAUUAAGGAAAAUUGCAUUGUCAAUUCAUCGAAUUGACAGAAAAUGCGUAUGGGUUAUAAAAAAAAUACGAAACUUAUGAAAAAUUGACAAAAAAAAUUAUUGAGAUGUAUUUAAUUGACAUUAAUCAUUUGUCAAAUUAAUGAAGUUGAAGAAAAUACCCGCAGGACAUCUCAAAAUACUGUAAUGACAAUAAAUUUAAAAUAUUUACAGGAAAACUUAAGAGACGCAGGUUAUUGACAAAAAUUGCAUUGGCGAUUCAUUGAAAAUUGACAUCAAACGCAUAUGAGAUAUCAAAAAAUACGGUACUUAUAAAAAAUUGACAAAACUGACAGAAAAAAAUUUAUCAUAAUGACAAAAAAGUACAGAGACGUCGGUCGAUCAAAUAUAGAUAACUUUGACAGAAAAUCUCAUCAUAAAUCAAAAAAAUUAUUUACAAAUAAUUAAUUGACAUUAAGUGUUUGUCAACUUGACAAAUUGACAGAAAAUGCCCACAUAAUAUCCCAAAAUGCUAUAAUGACAAGAAAUUUAAGGUACUAACAGAAAAUGUCAUCAUAAUUGAUAAAAAAAAUUGUAAAACGCAGUUUAUUCAUAAGAAUUACAGAGUCAUAUUGAAGAAUUUAUAAAAAUGCUAUAUUGAUGAAAAAAUAGACAAAAUUGACAAUAAAUCACAAUGAUAUACGUAACAAUUGACAAUAAUUAACAAAAUAAAACGAUCAAAUUUGAACAUAUAGAUAUAGGAUCCUAUUUACGUUUGUAUAAGUUUCAAAAUAACUGCUUCUUUUGAAUUAAAUUUUAACCAAACUCUAAUGGAGAUUCAACAGUAGCCUGUGUAAACGUAGGAUAAACGUCAUUUUGAUUAAGAUAGAGAUGGGAUUCUAUUAACAUUUUGAAAGUUCCAAAAUAACUGCUUUUUUAAAUUGAAUUUUAACCGAAUUCUUAUAGAAAUUCAACAAUAUCCUGUGUAAACGUAGGAUAAACGUCAUUUUGUAUAUUUAAAGAUGGGAUUCUAUUUGCAUUUCUAUAGGUUUCAAAAUAACCUCUUUAUUAAUUGAAUUCUUAUAGAGAUUCAACAAUUGCUUGUGUAAACGUAGGAGAAGAAAUGUCAAUUUAAAUAUUUAGAGAUGGGAUUUCAGAAUCAGGUAGAAUGAAAAGUAACAAACAUUAAAAUUUAUUUCUACUACAAAAAGAGUAUAACCUCUCCAAACGAGACACCCCCGUACAUUUUCAUCGAAAUAUUCGUAUACAUUUUUGAAAAUGUCACAGUGACGUUCCGAGAUUAGCGCGAAAGUAUUAUUUAUUGAGAUUGUACAUUCUGUAGGAAUUUAAAAUCGUAAAAAUUUAUAAAAGUAUUAAUUUUUUUUUAUACGAGGUACGAUCAAAAGAAAACCGUGAAUUAUAGUAUUCAAAAUAAAGUAGAAAAGGGUCGAGUGUAAAGGGUAAAGGAAUAGGGUCGAAACGUUCCUUUUCGCAUAAUUUUUUUUCACCGAAAAUAACGUGAUGCUAAAUCUGGUGAUUUAGGUGGAUGUACAGGACUUUUGGUUGUCUAAAACACGCGAUUUGUUACAUUGUGUGUUGUCAUGGUGAAAAUUCAUUUUUUUUAUAGUUUUUUUUAACGUCUCUAAACACUUGUUUAAACUGACUUUUUUGAAAAUUUUUUCCAUAUCACCGUAUAUUUUCGUUUCAUUUUCAUUUUUAAAUCACUCAUAUCACUUUUGAUUGUAGUUAUUUUGAUCGUUUUGUAAAGGUAGUGUGAUAGCCGUUUUAUAACCAUCUGUGUAAACGUAGAUUAGUCGUAUUUCUACAGAAAUAUCAAUAAAAUUAUAAUUUUUCAAUUUUAAAUUAUCAAUUAAGGAUAUAUAGAUGUGGGGAACUAUUAGAACGACUAUAUAUUUGGAAAUAACUAUAAUGAAUGAUAAAAUAACUGAUUUUCGAAAAAUGGUGAUUCUUAAAGACCAAAAAUAAUUAUUUUGAUAUAUUUUUGGAACCAAAUGAUCAAUUUUGGAUACUGGAUCGCUUAACCUACUCGGAAUCGCAAAAGAAAUCGUUUUUUGUCAAAAAUUUCAAUUUUUUCUUGAAGAAAUUUUUAUAGCGGUUUCAUAAUAGCCUGUGUAAACGUAGAAAUCGUCCCAAGAUUGAUACUUGAUAAUAGUGUGUGUGAACGUAGUAACUGUUAUUUGAAUGAGUCAUUGAUACUCAAAUUAUCGAUUUUUGAUAUAUAGAGAUGGGAUUCUAUCGAAAAUAAAAACUUAUCGAACCAAACUUUGAUUUUCCGAUUUCCACUCCCAAACCUCUAAUCAAUCUUCAAAGUCACUGUAUCAUCACUGUAUAACAGAUUUUCACAUUUCGAUGGUUUUUCUGGAAAGGAAACGCGAGAUAAAUUAAUUCACGUUGUUUUUUUCGAUUACCCCUCGUAUAAUUAUUGUUAAAAAAUAUCUAGUAUUGCAAACGGAUUUUAAUUGAUAUUAGUAACCAAAAAAAAGGAAUUUACAUUUUUUUUUUCAAGUUUAAUUUUUUGUUAUAAUGUAGUGAAGGGUCAAAUAUUAUUAUCAAUUCCGUUAUUUACAUGAAAUUGUAAUUUAAAACGACGCUGUGUAUAUAAUGAACAAUAUACGUUUCAAAAAAUAA